GCAUUCCGGGGAAUGUGGUUUGCUGUGGCCCUGAGGCGCGAGGGCCGGCCGGAGCCUCUUUAGAGGAACUACUGCCCUUGGAGGAAGAGUCUGUUUAGUUUCAGCACAGACGGCUGGGCUUGGGAGCCUACGAGGUUGCAGUCUGGAGGGUGCCAAAAGCAGCUGCCAGGGUAGCUUUUCCUGAAUCGCUGCAAGCACGUCAAGGUAGUCGGAGUCCCCUAACAAUGGAUAAAUUCAUCAUUCGAACGCCUAGAAUCCAGAAUAGCCCUCAGAAGAAAGACUCUGGAGGAAAGGUUUACAAGCAGGCCGCGAUUGAAUCUCUGAAGAGAGUUGUGGUUGUAGAAGACAUAAAAAGAUGGAAAACUAUGCUGGAGCUUCCUGGUCAAACGAAAGAGAAUCUCGUUGAAGCCUUACAAGAAUUAAAGAAGAAAAUACCCUCCAGGGAGGUGUUAAAAUCAACAAAGAUAGGUCACACUGUGAACAAGCUGCGUAAACACUCAGAUUCAGAAGUGGCUUAUCUUGCCAGAGAAGUUUAUACUGAGUGGAAAACUUUCAUUGAAAAACAUUCAAAUAGACCUUCUAUUGAAGUUAGAAGUGAUCCCAAAACUGAGUCAUUUCGGAAAAAUGCCCAGAAAUUACUCUCAGAAGCCUUGGAAUUAAAGGGUUCAGCCCAGGAUCCCAGGCUGCACUCAGUCAUCCUGCCUAUCCUGUCUCUUCUGCUCUGUGACAGAUUCUCAGUCUUCCCUUGUUUCCCAUGACCUUGACAGUCUUGAGCAGUACUGGCCAGGUAUUUUGUAGACUAUCCCUCAGUUUGGGUUUGUCUGAGGAUCUCUUCAUGAUCAAGUUGGAAUUCAGGAUUUUGGGAAGAAUACCACUGAGAUGAAGCACCCUUCUCAUCGCAUCACGCCAGGUGGCACAUGGCUUCCACAGGACCUUGAGUGCUUGGUUAUGUUAGCGUUUGCCAGAUUUGCCCACUAUGAAGUUGUCAUUUUUCCCUUUCCAUAUUCUAUUUUUUGGAGGCAAGUCACCAAAUCCAGACCUCACUCAAAGGUUGGAGGGCUGGGGGUGAAUUAAACUCCACCUCCUGGAGAGUAGAUUAUCUACCCAUAUAAUUUGGAGGUCUUUAAGGAAGAUUCAUCCCUUCUCUGCCAUUUAAUUUAUUUUGAUAAUUUAUUAAUAUAUCAAUAUGGACUCAUAUUUUAUGCAUUGGGUGGUAAUCAAUCUGAUUUUUUAUAGUGAACAUAAAUUCAUAUAAUGUAUUUUUUUAAUGCAGAAAACACAAAAAUCAUGCUGUGUGAGAAACGAGCUCUAAUGAUUGGCAGAGAUUUUUCCUCCACAGCUUUUCACGUCUGCCUUUGAGUAGGAUAAUCAUUAGCUUACUGCUAUUCAACUAGCAACCGUAGACACGCUAUUUCAACUCUCCAGACCUCAAUUUCCCCAUCUAAGAAAGAGAAUGCUUCAUGCAGUGGUCUCAGAGGUGAAGAAGGGGAUGGUGUUUGUAUGAUUGCACGUGUCCACAUAUUUUGUUGCCUAUUAAUAGACCCUAAGUCCUUAAUGGUUAUCUUCUUUUAUUUAUGUUGGAAAAUGAACUCAGAGCUAAUAGCCCGUGAGAACAUCCUGUAAACGUAAUCAAUAUUUGUAUUCCCCAUUACAACCCCAAGGGUUCACCUUCCUUCCUCUUUCACCCCUCUAAGUGGGAUUAAGUUUUCCUUUUAUUUCUCAGCUUUUUCUCCAGCAGCUGAAGACUAACCUGAGGCCUAGGAUUCCCAACCCUACCAAGCAUCUGCUGACUCUUUGGCCCCAUUCUUGUGCCUUGCAUCUAGCUAUGCUAUAGCCACACUGAUGUCCUUAUCACCCUGCAUUGUCCCCAAAUUCAUAUGUUGAUGACCUAACCCCCAGUAUCCCAGAAUGUGACUGUAUUUGGAGAGUGGGCCUUUACAGAGGUAAUCAAGGUAACGUGAGAUUAUAUGGGUGAGCCCUAAAUCCAAUAUAACUGAUGUCCUUAUAAGAAGAGAUUAGGACGCAGACAGCACAGACCAUGUGAGGACACAGCAAGACUGUGGCCAUCUAUAAGCCAAGGAGAGAGGCCUCAGAAGAAACCAAACCUGCUGACACCUGAUCUUGAACCUCUGGUCUCCAGAACUGUGACAAAAUGAAUCGAUUGUUUACGCCACCCAGUCUGUGGUACCUUGUUACCGCAGCCCUAGUAGAAGCAAAUACACACGCCCAUGAAUGAAAAUGCUUCCUGAAUGCCUCCCUCCUCUAUGCCAGGCCCUGUGACAGAUCCCAGGCCACAGAGAUGAACCAGACAGGGCUCACAGUCCAGUGAGGAGCCAAGUCAUCCAUCCAUUGCCAUCUGACAUACUAGGGGCUAAGUGGGAAACUGUGGGACUGCAGUGGUGGGACUGCUGAACUAUGCCUGGAGAAGGGGCCUGGCCCAGAGGAUAUCAGGAAAGGGUUAGCAGAAAUGCUGACUUGUGAGCUGGGUUUUGACAGGUUUAAAGGAGUUUCCCAGGCAGGAAUGGCAUUCCAGGUACAAGGAAAGGAAAGAUAUAUGCAAACAUAGAAACUGGAUGGAUGUCAAAGAACAGGAGUAGGUGUGAUAUGGAUGGAGCCAAAGUGCAGCAGGAGGAGGAACAGCCUGAAGUGAGCCUGGUAUAGGAGGGAGGGGCCAGUCUAUGGGUGGCCUGAGUCCUGGGCUGGGAAUUUUUACUUAUAGAACUUUAAAGGUUUUGAGGUAAGAACACUCCUAAGUAAAAUUAUGGUUACAUGUAUCAGGGGCUUACUAUGUAGAUAACGAUUUGUUUUCCAGCAAAUAUGGAGCACCUAUAGCACAUCAAGCAUUUGUUCCCCUCUCCACCUGAAUGUGAACUUCUCCAGGGAAGGGACUGUGUCUGGUUUAUUUCUGUGUCCCCAGAAGAGUCUGAUACAGAUCAGGGGCUCCAUACACAUGCACUGAAUUAGUACAUAAAAGCCCAGGCAAGAGGCCAAACCCUCCCCCAGCCAUGGGUUUUCAUAGUUCUGAAGCUGGUGCUGGGUCAGUAAAUCUCUAUAUGUGCAAGAGCCCCAUCCCCUCCUGCCUGAUGCAGAGAGCAAGGUUCCCGAAGAAGCGCUAAGGUUGAAUUACUUUCAGAGCCAGAAAACACAUGGCCUGUGGCAGGCUUACCACCGAGGUAAGUACCCCACAUGGCAUGGAGAUGACUUGAGGCCUCCUCACAAGGGAGAAGCAUCCAGCAUUGCCACAGGGGCCUCCAGACAAGGACUUCAGCAGAUCAGAUAGGGGAGGCUGUGUGUCAGAGGGGAAUCAAAAUCAUUGAAGCCCCAACCACCAUGUAGUGAGCUCCUGUACAGGCUAGAGACUAUGCUGGGUACUCUGUGCAGUUUGCCUUAGUCUCACUAUUACCUCCCAAAUGUGACCCCACCCCUUAAUCUUCUCUCCAUCCUCUUAUACCUGAGCCUCUUAUGCCAAGAAGACCUCCUUAGGUCUUCCUGGGAGCACCUUCUCCCUUCUCUAAUCAGUUUGCACUCAACAGCCAGAGUGAAUGUCUAGAAUAUACCACAGGUCCUAUCACUGCCGUCCUCAAAACCCUUCAAUGGGUCUGGAUGUGGUGGCUCAUGCCUGUAAUCCCAGCACUUUAGGAAGCCAAGAUGGGAGGAUCACUUGAGCCUAGUAGUUUGAGACCAGUCUAGGCAACAUGAUGAGAUCCCUUUAUCUCUUUACAAAAGAAAGAAAAUAGCCAGAUGUGGUGGCGUGCACCUGUGGUCUCAGCUACUUGGGAGGCUGACGUGGGAGAACUGCCUGAGUCUGGGAAGUUGAAGCUACAGUGAGCUGUAAUCGCACCACUGCACUCUAGCCUGGGCGACAGAACUAACCUUGUCUCAAAAAAAAAAAAAAAAAAAAAAUCAAAAGAAAAAAGAUAACCUUCCAAUGGCCCUGAUCACUUAAGAAUAAAACAAAAGUCCUUACAGUGGCCUACAAGGUCCCACACGUCCUGGCUUCUGGCACCAUCUCCAUCUUUGUCCUACCCCUGGCUCCAGGUCUUCUGUUCCUCAAACUGUAGCCCUUCCUUGGGGCAUCUACAUGCUCUUCCCUCUGCCCUGCAUGUCCUGAUUGCCCUGAGGUGACUCCUUGUCCUUCAGUUCUUACUCCCCAGAGAGGCCUACCCUGGCCACCCACUCUAAUCAGGUCCACACCCCCAAGUCACUCUCUGACAUAUCAGUGCUUUUUUUUCUUCAUAGGACUUAAAACCUUCAGAAGUUACCGUAUGCACUUCUUCACUCCCUUGCUAAUUUUUUUGCCUCUCCCACCAGAAUUCACUCUUCUGGGAGCAGUGACCUUGUCCGUCUCUCCUUCACUGGACCUCCAGUGCCUGGCACAGGGCUUGGCCCUGAGCGGGGCUCCAUGCAUAUGUGCUGAUGAAUGAAUGUCACCCCUCAUACCUCCAGGCUGGCCUCUGUUACUCCACGCAGCCGAGCGGACAGUCUGGGCUCCAUGGGAAAAGCUAAUCCCAAGCGUGUGGACCGACAGAUGGUGUGGAGCCCAGAGCUGAGGCGCAGCUUUUAUUAGUCUGAGUUGCUUUUGCUCAGAAUAGGAUUAGCAUAAGUACCAUCCCAGGCAAGUGGAUAAGGUAAAGCUCUGUUAGUUACAUUCAGAUUUUGUUUCUCAGCCACAAUCCUGGGCCAAACUUAUGCUGGGUCAGUCCAGUUGAUGGCUAAGGGUAGUACUCAGGAAGGGCAACGCGAGUGGGACCUUCUCAGUCCCCUCUCCUCACUGACCUCCAGAGUGGCCUGUCCAACUCCUAAGUCCACACUUCCUGCCCCAGGCAGAACGCUUUUUACUGGCCCCGCUGUCCUGGGUGAGGCCUGAAUGCUAUGAUGAUGAAGACGAAGAAGGGAUGAUGGUGGCUAUCACACAGCUCUCCCAUGUAACCCUCACAACAACCCUGCAAGGCAGACAGUAUCACCAUCCUCGUUUGGCAAAUGAAAAGCUGAUGGCUCAGCGAGGUUAAAUGACUCAGCCCGUAGGCCACAGACAGUUUCCAGUUUCAGUCUGUGGGAGUGAUUGGAUGGGCGCCCCAGGGCGGGCCAGCCUUCCUCUCUGGCAAGGCUGCCAUGCUCCCCAGUGCCCUGGUUUUAGCUUUGACUGGAUCCAUGAGGAACCAAGUCAAAGAUCAAGUCAAGGAAACUCCUGUUUUCUGGCUAAGAAGUAUCACUUGCCUUAAUCUCUUCACUUUCUCUUCAGCUCCAUUAAGGAGCAUUUAACUUUUGGAAGGAGUCAUUUUCCACAAAGAAACAGGGUUCUUAAAAAUCACUGUGGGUCAGGCUCAGUGGCUCACACCUGUAUUCCCAGCACUUCAGGAGGCCAAGAUGGGCAGAUGGGCAGAACUCUCGAGCUGGGGCAACAUGGCGAAACCCCAACUCUACAAAAAUAUAUUAAAAAAUUAGCCAGGCAUGGUGGCGUGCACCUGUAGUCCCAGCUACUAGGGUGGCUGAGGUGGGAGGAUCACUUGAGCCAGGAGGUUGUGGCUGCAGUGAGCUAGCAUGGCGCUGCUACACUCCAGCCUGCGUGACAGAGACCCUGUGUCAAACAACAACAAAGUGUAGUCAUGCAUAUAAUAACCAUAAAAGCUGACAUUUAUGGAGUAUUUAUUAAGUGCAAGACUAUGCGCAGUGCUUUUCACGCAUUAUCUCAAUGUUUGAAAUUUCAAUAAUUUAUGUGAAUAAAGGAAUUCCGUACAUGUGA